GCAGCAACAGGGAAGAUGGCAGCCCUCACAUCUCUCACCCAGCUGUCCAGUGGGAACCCUGUGUAUGAAAGCCUGUACAGACAGGUGGAUCCUGGGAAUGCAGGGAGAGUAGGACCAACAGAAGCUGCAUUGUUCUUAAAAAAGUCUGGACUGCCUGACAUUACACUGGGAAAGAUCUGGGAUUUGGCUGAUCCUGAUGGCAAAGGCUAUCUGGACAAACAGGGGUUUUACGUAGCUCUGCGGCUGGUGGCCUGUGCUCAGAGCGGUCAGGAAGUCAGUCUGUCCAGCCUCAACCUCACAGUACCUCCCCCCAAGUUUAAGGACACCAGCAGUCCGUCUCUAAGCAGCACAGCUUCUGCCUCCGGUGAAUUACACUGGGCUGUCAGGCCCGAGGAGAAGAGUAAAUUUGAUGGGAUUUUUGAAAGUUUGGCCCCAGUUAAUGGCCUGCUGUCAGGAGAGAAGGUCAAACCAGUCCUAAUCAACUCUAAGCUACCUCUGGAUGUCCUUGGGAAGGUUUGGGACUUGAGUGACAUAGAUAAAGAUGGUCAUCUGGACAGAGAUGAGUUUGCAGUGGCCAUGCACCUGGUAUACCGAGCCCUGGAGAAGGAGCCUGUCCCUGCACUCCUCCCUGCUGCCCUCGUCCCUCCGUCUAAGAGAAAGAAGAGUCUGGGCUCAGUUGCCAGCUCUGUUCCUGGACUGCCUGCAAGCCCUCCACCACCAAAAGACUCACUGCGCUCCACACCCUCCCAUGGCAGCAUGAACUCACUCAACAGCACUGGCAGCCUGUCUCCAAAACACACACUCAAGUCUGGACAGCAUUCGGUGACCUGGGUGGUCCCAGUUUCAGACCGUGGUCGCUAUGACGACAUCUUCCUGAAGACUGAUGCUGAUCUGGACGGUUUUGUCAGUGGACACGAAGUAAAGGAGAUCUUCAUGCAGUCUGGACUUUCUCAGAAUGUCCUUGCUCAUAUAUGGGCUUUGGCAGACACAAGGCAGAUAGGUAAGCUGACCAGGGAGCAGUUUGCCCUUGCAAUGCACCUCAUCCAGCAGAAAGUCUGCAAGGGCAUUGACCCUCCACAGGCUCUGACUGCUGACAUGAUCCCCCCCUCUGAGAGAGGCACUCCUGUACCAAGUAUGUCAGGAUACAUGACCCCAGUGGGAUCAGAGAUGGCUGCUCUAUCUGAGAUGAGACGGGACAGCUCAAGUUCAGUGGGUUCAGGGGAAUUCACUGGCAUCAAAGAGUUGGAUGACAUCAGCCAGGAGAUAGCCCAGUUGCAGAGGGAGAAAUACACUCUUGAACAGGACAUCAAGGAGACAGAGGAGGCCAUCAGACAUAAGAGUGUAGAGGUGCAGGAGAUGCAGAAUGACCUGGACAGAGAGACAGCCAGUCUGCAGGAGCUGGAGGCUCAGAAACAAGACGCCCAGGACCGUCUGGAGGAGAUGGACCAGCAGAAACAUAAAUUAGAGGACAUGCUGAACGAAGUCCGGAUGAAGUGCCAGGAAGAGUCCCAGAUGAUCUCGAACCUCCAGAGUCAGAUUCACUCCCAGGAGUCGGACUUGCAGAGCCAGGAGGAAGAGCUUAGCCGGGCAAAGGCUGACCUGGGCCGGCUGCAGCAGGAGGAGAACCAGCUGGAGCAGAGCCUUGCUGCUGGCAAGAUCCAACUGGAGACCAUCAUCAAGUCUCUAAAGGCCACACAGGAUGAGAUCAACCAGGCUCGUAGCAAGUUGUCCCAGAUUCAGGACAGCCAGCAGGAAGUGUCUAAAAACAUUGAGCAGUACAAUAGCACCUUGAAUGGAACCCACGGAGGCAGUAUGACCAACCUGGCCGACAUGAGCGAAGGCUUCAGUGACAGAGAGAACGGAGGAUUCCCAGCCAUGGUGAGAACAGCACAGGAGGAUCCAUUCAAAGUGAAGCCAUCUGUGUUCAACAGUCAGCCGCAGGAGCUUCCCACUGACCCCUUCCACUCUGAAGACCCCUUCAAAACAGACCCAUUCAAAGAUCCUUUUGGAGGAGACCCUUUCAAAGAGACAGAUCCAUUCAAGGCUUCAUCAGAAGACUUCUUCAAGAAGACCACAAAGUUGGAUCCCUUCUCCACACCAGAUCCCUUCAGUAAAAGUGCCACAUUACCCUCCAAGCAAACCAGUCACUUCACAAGCAGUGACCCAUUCUCUUCAAGCAACCCAAAACCCAAAGGAUCAGACCUGUUUGGCACCUUGGAUCCAUUUGGCAGCAGUUCAUUCAGCAGCAGUAACAACAGCUCUGCGGGAUUUGCAGACUUCAGCCACAUGUCGAAGCCCAGAGACCCAUUUGAAGGCAGGGCCAGCUGGUUACCAGACUACCAGAAGUCAGUAUUUGUGGAUGACCCAUUCAGCAGGAAGAAUGACAUGCCAGCUCUGCCACCGAAGAAAAGUGUUCCCCCAAGACCCAAACCGCCUAGUGGUAAGAGUACACCAGUGAGCAUGUCUGGAACAGUUGACCCUUCCAAACCAUGUGACCCCUUCCAGCCAUUCGGCAGUGAUGCCAUCGACCCUUUUCAGAGUAAAAAGGGCCCAGGAGACCCCUUCAGCGGCAAAGACCCUUUCGCACCAUCUUCAGCAUCAAGACCUGAAAAAGUCAAGUUUGGGAAUGAGGCUCAGCAGUUGGAGUGGGCUAAGAGAGAGAGUGAGCGAGCAGAGCGUGAGCGACUGAAGAGGCUUAGACAGCAGGAGCAGGAAGACCUGGAGCUGGCCAUUGCCCUCAGCAAGGCUGAGAUGUCCAACGCAUGACCUGGAACCCCCACCACAUACAGAUACACACACAGCAGGUAGACAAGCUAACAUGCAGGCAAACAUGACUGACAUCUAAUUAUUCAGAUACAAAGCACAUCACUGAACUAACUCUCAAGUGUUGGCAUAAACUCUGUCCUCACACAGACACACACACGUAGGACCUACACCACCACUAUUUACAUUCCCCUACACUCAGUAACUCUGUCUGGACACUGAUUCUGCUUUAAAAAACAAGACAACAAUUCUGAGGGCCGAGAACUCAUCACUGCAAAACUCACUGACAGAGAACUGAAGGAUGAAGAAGGAGUGGAGAAGGAGGAGGCAAGAGGGGCUUGAUGGAAACAAACGGAUGCACUGUGCACAUGCACUAUAGUGGCUGGACAGUAACAAGCUGGAUCCAUUCACUGGACAUAGCAGACAAGCUGACCAUUGCUGAUGGAACACCGCAGCAUUUUGAAUUGCAGUGUCCUGUUUUUCUUUUCCAGCUUCACUCACAGUCAGUGGCAUGUUCAGAUUUUUUGACUCGGGUCAUCCAAGUGGGGCACUGACUUGUGCAGGGUUAGCAGGAAGUACUUGCAUGCACACACACACACACACGUUGAAACGGCAUUAAUUUACCAUUUCUCAUGUGUACUUUUAUAACUAGCAUUACAGUAUCUCACAGUUUCUUACAUUCCUGUGUUUAAAAUUUGUAUUUAAAAGAUAUACACUGUCAUCAGUCACAACGCAGGGGAGUUGCACCAUACAAAUAUACUAUAAGGCUUCAUUAUUUUAUCCUUUAAGAUCAAGAAGACCUUUACCUUUUAAGUUAACAAAAAAAACAACAUACGUUUGAAAGUACUGGUCAAACAGUUGGUUUGAACUAAGGUCCCACCUUCCACUGGGUGACAGCCAGUCAUACUUGAGAAUUAUAGCAUGGCACUUUGGGAGGCCUGUCAGAUUUCAGCGGUGGUCAGUGCCACCACAGACUACCCACCUGGACAUGCCCCUGCUCAUAGUGAGGGGAAGUGAGCAAUGCUGACUUGGUAACAUUUCUCAGUUCUAACAAGCAGCAUUGAAGAAAAAUAACAGUACAAUUCAAACUGCUAAGGUAUUUCUUUAAAGGGAUGUUUUCCUCAUAUAUAGGGAUGACAUGAUAUAUCAUUGCGCUACUGAUCGUAUAGACUGUGUCAGUAUUUAGUGUUGAGAUGUUCUGCUGAUAAGAAAAUGCUACAGAGUGAGUGUUAAAUAAGUAUUUGUUUAUAGAGAAGACUGGAUUGAAUUUAUUAUUUUCUUUAAGGAAAUACUGUCACAGACCUAGACUCAGAUAAGAAGUGGGGAGGUCAAUAUUAGUUGAGUUUUUUCACUCGUACUGGAGACUUUUUUCCUCUGCUUUGUGCAAAGCUGGCUGUACAGAAAUGUAAUUAAUAUUGAUCUUCUCAUCUGAUUCUGGGUGAGUUGAAGCAUGUUUCCACAAAUAUCAGUUUUCCUUUUCAUUUUAUAGCGCAUCUACCGUUAAAUCAGAGACUUUCAGCUGCAGUCCAGACAGGGCUGGAUUAUCAACCAGGCAACUCAGAGAUCCACAGGUGGCCCCAAGGCUCCUGGUUCACAGUGUGGCCCUUAGUUUGUGGUCAUAUUUUUCAUUGCUAAUUUCUUUAGGAAUAUGCUAUACCACUGAAGCACAAUAUAAACUGAAAUGAUGAGGGUCUCAAGGCACUGCUUGCAUUAUAACCUAUUCAUCAAGUCCUGUGUCCUUAAAACUUAACCCCCCCACUUUGUGACAUGACCUUUCUGAUGUAAAUUUAUUCUUUCCAAGCCCAACACCAGUAAUGUCGCUGUGACAUCAUCGGGUGAUUUUCUCAGACUUCUGUCUCUUCCAGAGCCACAGAAGAUCAUCCAACUUCCCAGCUCCUGUUUACAGGCUUAGUAGUGCUGAUGUGUAAACUGAUCUUUAUAUAUAACUUUAUUUAUAUUAUAACUUUAUUAUUUGGUUAUAUUGUAUUUGUGUGGUGCGUAUUCCUAAAUAAAUGUGUGCUUAAUGAAAUUAUCACAAACUAAUACUAAGUACUAAUUAAUAUACAUAAUGUACACAGAGUGGGAGAAAGGGGGAGUCAGUAGGGGCCUGCUUUUUGCCCUGAGGACCCCUAGAUUAGACACUCCUGUUCUCUGGGUCAGUGGCUCCUCGUGAAAAAGAAAACUUAGAACCAACAUUAUUAGGAUAUGUUCGCAUUUCACUCGUCACAUUAUUGAAGGAGGGGAAAAGCAACUGCUCUUCAGCUGCAUUAUAAGAUACACUGAUGAAGAUCCAUUACCCUGGUUCCUUCUAAUGUGACAAGUACCUGACAAAUGAAAAUGAUAGUUUCACAUGUGAACAUAUCCUGUGGAGUGACAGUAACAAAUUGUACAGAUAUAUUUUCUUUGUCAUGAGUGUGAGGUCGUACUGUGGAGAGUUAGUUAUGAUGACCUGCGGUACUCUCUCUCCCAGUGUCCAGUGUAUAUAGAUAGACAGAGCUAACUUUGCCUCCUCUCGACAGCUGUGCUCUGAUCCUAAUGCUGUGAUGCCACACCACAUCCAUCAAAUGAAAGGCAAGAUGAGGGAAUUCAUUUUUCUACAUUUGACUUGUUUUAUUUUUAGAGAGCAAUAGUUUUAACAGUCUUGAUUUCAUGCGCUGGUUAUUUUUAUUUUUAUUUUGUCAUGUUUUGUUUUAAAAGAACAACCAAAUGGAUGUAGUUGUUUUGUGAUUGAGUUCAGUCACUCCAGUGUGCUACAGACCAGUAAGCACAGGCUGCGGAGUGUUUGGAAAGGUUUGGAACUGGCUGAAAUCAGGUGUCAUUAGGCUAGAAAUCGUGCUGUCUGUUGUGUCAUAGUGUGCUGUCCCAACAUGGGUUUAACCACUGACCUUGUUUUAUAUGAGUUGUCCCUUUUACUUGAAGUGGUGACUGAUGUUUGAGUGAAACAGACUGAAAUCAACUCGAGUUUGAUCUCACCUGGACUUAAAGGCAGAACAGAUUCUGCUGAACUCUUUUUCUGAAGGCUUUCUGUUACACUCAGACCCCUCUGUUGUCUUUUCAAAUAUCAUGUUGUGUCUUUUAUAUGUGAGUUUGAAUUCUGUGCAUGUCCAUGACCAGUCAUAUACUUCAGUGUUUUGCCACAUGCAUGCUCUGCAGUAGGAUUCUGCUCAGAGCACAUACACUUUGUUCUGCUGAACUUUUUUCUCAUGACUGUAACUUGGUAAUCAUGGUGAAAAAGAAAUCUUACAAUUGGCUUAGUUGAAGCAAAGCUUGAUUACAUUGUUAGCGUUCCUUAAUGAGACCAGUUGUAACCACUAAGAGUACUUUGGUCUCUGGACCGUUUUAUGGUGUAUUACAGUGCUGGAUGUCUUCUGAUAGAACUCAAACCUUUCAUUCACUCUGACUCUGUUCAUUAAAUUUGUUACAGGAACCAUUUUGAAAAAAAAAAAGCUCCUCUUCCCAACCUGUAAGGCAGAAAGGCAGGUACAUAAGAACAAAAAGGUGAUUUUGUAAAACCAUUGAAGGUGCAGGAUUUCACGAGUGAAAUGGUGUGUUAUGGAUAGAUUUGAUUUUGUUGCUGAUUGUUUGCAUUGACAAACAUUUUAAUUAUUUUACACCUGCUCAUUCGUUGUAUCUGGCCUUAAAUGUUGCUAAAUUGUUGAGUUUAUAUUUUCAACUUUCUUCCCAUACCAAAUAUUCUGAAUGCUUAUUUUACUGAAAUGUUGAGGAGCCAUCAGAUAUCCAUCCACAAGUGUAAUACAUAAUAUAAUGGUUCUGGAUCAGGGCUAGGUCUUUGUAAGGUGCCAACAAGAUGCAUCUGGGAUGAAAGUCCAGAACAAACAAAAUACUUUUUAAUAAUAUAAUUGCACAGACACAUUGUGAUGAAAAAUACUUUGUAUCUACUAAGGUGGUCUUGGUGUUUGGUCACAGCAGCCUCUGAUGAAGGCAUUGCACUGACUGGUACAACAAGAUGACCUCAUGUUAAUUAGUUUGGUUGCUUCUCCAGUCACCACAUUGAACAAGGUGAUGGUAAUGAGAGGGUCAGUAGCAUGACUGAAAUGUCGAACAACUUUUCCCCACCAAGUAUUAUAUGUGUGUGUGGAACUGGCUUUUUGGGGCUAAAAAUGCUUAAAAAAAAAUUCUGUGUAAUGUGAAAUCAUCCAAAUUGGACAGAAAUGCUGGAGUUAAAGUUGAUGUGCAGCCACUGAUUCUACCACAUAGAGAUAUGAACUGCCUCUCCCUGCCAUUUUUGUCUUGUUUACAUAUCGUGAAUAUUUACUUUGCUGUAGCUGUCACAAACUGUGUACCUGCAGGGGAGCAGUGUCCCUGGGAUGAGCUUCUCUAAGCUGUACAUAACAUAACACCUCCUGAAGUGCUUCCAUCUACCUCUGAGCCAUUAAAACCACGUUGAACCUUUGCCAUGCUCCUGUCACAUGGUAGUGAAAAUAUUAACUUGUGAGGUACUUCAUCUGUUCGUCUGUUUUCAUUCCUCAUUGAAACCGAAGGGUGUUGUUAGCUGCUAACAAGCUAGCUUGUUGUCAGCUGUUACCUGCUCGUUUUAAUAAGGAAUGCCAACACGAAACACUUUGCUAACAAGGUAUUUUAAGUUAUGUUAGUGCCACCUGAAGUAUAAGACUGCUGUUAUUCUAUGUGUUCCAUUUUCAACAAAUCCCCUGAAAAUACCAACACCACCAUGUUAGCCUCUCACUUUCCAACUCCCCUGUUCUAUUCUGGUUUUGUUCCUAUUGAACAUGUGAAUCUUUCAAAGAAAAGUCACAAAAAUACGUUGGAAUUAUAAUGUAUUUUUAAUAGUAAUUUGUUGUAUCCUAAAACACCUAGGCACUGUAGUUUUAGUGUUAUGGUAAUGCUAAUGUUGACAUUACAUUACGUAACAUGCUGCUAACUGCCAGCUAACAAGCUAGUUUGUUGCCGGCUAGUAACCAUUAGUUUAAUAUGGAAUGCCAUUGCUAACAAAGUAAUUUCCAGUUAAGUAAAGUUCCACCAACUUGUUCAGAAUAAUGUGGCAUCCUGCACAACAAAAAGGAAACAACUAUUCAAGUGUCCAAGUGUCCCUUUCAGUUUGGUCUCAGGGUGUCUGUGUUUUAAUCACAGCCAAACGCGGGAACAGAUGUGUCAUGUAGAACAGGUCUGAGUGUCACAGGAUGCAGUGGGGUCGUCUGCUCUGGGAGGAGAUUUUGGGUACCCUGUGUUACUUUAAAGAGCAAGUUACAAUAUUACAAACCUGACCAGAUAUGUGAUGCUAAGUGCUGCUACGGACACGUUUCAGUCAGUAUGAAGAAGUCUUGACACUGGAUGCCCAGCCUCCUGUGAACUGUGACCCUCUGUCUGUCCUUCAUGUGUUUCUGUCCACCUCCCUCUUGAUUCCCAGCCCAUUUGUUGUGUAUUGCUUUGUGAGCUCCAGACCAGUACCAUCAUUCAUACUGUAUUUGUCAUCUGAUAUCUCCAUUGUGCAAUAGAUAAUGUUUAUUUUUAUUGUUGUUUUGCGUAUCCUGUGAAACUAGUGUAAUGUUUUUGAUGUGUAGCGUAUGUUUUUAAUAUGAUUAUUUAUGCACCUGCAACCACCCACUCCUCUGUCCUGACUUUGUAGAGGAAGUUCAUUCUUUGAUUUCAUUUCACCAGCUGCACAAUCUACUAAACUUUCUCUCCAAAAUGCUUUUGAUCUAUUUCAGGGAAAGAAAAUGGUAAGACAAUGUUCAUUACUCCAAAUUUGUAAUAAUCAGAAAUGUUAGCAAUUGGAAAUUAAAUCUUUAUAGGGUGACAGCUGGAAAAUAUCAAGAUUGUCUGAGUUUUAAUAUUCAUUUUAUUUCUCUCUCAAAAUGAUGGAUAUUUCAGUUACUGUACUGACAUACUGAUGCUUAAUUGUAAGAAGCCAUGUUGGCGAAAUAAUCUGAGCUGUCUUUAUUAAGAUGCAUACAAUGUGUAUACAGUCUGUACAGUAUCAUGUCUGUUAUAUUUGUCCUAUAAAAAAUGAAGACAAAGAAGAAAAAGUAAACUUGAUUAGGGACCAUUUGGAGGAUGGCUUACAGUUACACUAAUAGCUGAGGAGAGAGCAGACGCUGGUUUAUUUUGAACAGUGUUCCUCUCGACAUGGUCUGUACUGUUUACUAAAAUAAA